UGUCAGUAAACGUCAAUGUCAGGUGACGGCUUGCUGGCUGUGAAAUCGAGUUGGAAUUAAAAUCUUUCUCUGAUUAAAUUUAAUAUAAGUUAUAAUGUAAUUUUAUCACAAUAUAUUGUGAACAGUGGUGUCGCUAUACGUUUAUUGACAAACAAUGGGCGAGAGUAGCGAUUCCGAAGAAUUUUAUGAUGCUGAAGAAUUUACACCGAUCAAGGGUUCCAAGAGAUCGUCAAUAUGUAAAAACAUUGGUGUGACAGAGACAGACUCUUCUGAGAAGGAUGGUUCGAAGCAUGGCGAGCUCCCCACCACCAGUGUCAGUGCUCCCACUACAGACAUAACUCCUGCUGAGGUUAACAGGACUACUGUCAAAAAUGUGGUGCAAGGCAGGCGCCGGUUUCAAGAGCUGCGUCGGUGUAUGCAAACGGAGGAAGACGACGAAGGGACACCAGACGCGGCCGGCUCGCUCGACCACCACACGUCCACGCUUGAGCAUCCUUUUAAAAUAAUAGCACACGACACAAUGAGCCUGCAGAGUAUGACGUCGCUGGGCAGGAUCGGCAGAAUACUCAGCGGUGCUUCCGACUCCCAUUCAAAUAUUCGUGAGGCUGUGCCUGCUCCGUCGUUGUCGUCGAGAGAACCUUCAACGACAUCUGAUGACCCUCUGACUACAGAAAGUAGAAACCAAACAGUAUUAGCGAUGGCGGAACCGGACGUUAUAGCGAGCACGAAAGCCAACAGUUUGAAGCAAAGUCGUCACUCGAGCGCCGCCAUAAUGUCGAUGUCGGGGGAACCGCGCCCUGCCAGUGUUUCCGGCCCAGUGGCGCCGCCUAGGAGAAAGAAACGAAACAAACUACACGGAUCACAAUCUCUAUCGACUACAGACGGCGACAAUCUUAGUAUCUGCACGACGGACACCGACGACUACAGAUACGUGCCGCGACGCCCUCUCACUGUAGAGAAGCCGCAACUGGACUCGUUACUAGUGGAGGCACCGCCGCCUUCUUCCGCCAACCAGACGAUGGCGUUGCCGAGCCCCGCCAGCACUAUAGAAUCCCUUACAAGAGAGUUCCAGGACUCGCUGGAACUGGAACAGAACAAAUACGCGAGUGACAUGUCAUCGACUAGCGUUCACGAGUCUCGUUCUAGCGAGAGGACCAGCGAUUCCUCUAGAAGCAGUACGACGGCUUCAGUGAGGCAGAGUAAACCCAACAUGCCUGCCGAAUCAGCGAUGGACAUCAAGGAGGCUAUCAGAGGCGAAUGUACAGUCCGCGCGGGAGAUUUGGAUCGCCGCACGCACAGUGAGGGUCGCACUCCACAUCCGCCCCCUACACACGGUAGUCUCAACCAUGCCACAAGACGCAGUAAUUCCGAAUGCGGGGGUGGCGUAGGAACUUCGGGAGCUCGCCGGAAAUCCGCCGGCGACGAACAACAAUUAGGAUUAGCACUCAGAACACGAACCACUUCCGGUCAUCGGCUAACAGACAUUGAGAUACUGGAACAAGUCACUGUACUCAACCUGGACACCGGUGAACGCGUCCCCCUAAGCGUGGCUGAGCACAAACUGCCGCAAUGUAUAAACCCACUCAGCCUGCACAUCAUGCGGCUCACUUCAGAGUACAUCGCCAACAAUAUGGACCACGCCAGUCCGGAAUCUCCUAAGCUGCACGCACACUGGCGCAAGCGUGUGUCCGUGGCUCGUCUCGUGUCCGCAGUGAGUUUACUGCGCGAGACCCCGUCGCCAUUAAGGAAAGCCCGUUCUUCCAUCACUGUGCCGAAUAGGGAGACCGAUGAAGAGAGUGAGAGCGUUUGCGUUGGCGGCGCCGAAGACGAGACCAAAGAGGCGAAACGUGAGACCGCAGAUCGACAGACAACUGCCAUACGACGGAAAACGGAAAAGUUAAAGCGGUUCUUCGGGAGCACGGUGAAGAAGACAGUGGAUGCUGCCAAAUCUUUGGCUCAAGAAGUGUCCCACGCUCGGCACAAGGAAGAUGUGGCUGAUAUAGCUGAUGACGUCAGAGGAGAGCACAACAUCAAGCUGAAGGCUUCUAACUCUCAUAAGGGGCCUUAUGAUUUCGAUGGCUGCGUAAGACAUGUACAGGAGAUGGGCUCGGCUCAUAGCGGGGCAGUAUGGUGCUGCAAAUUCAGCGUUUGCGGCCGACUGCUGGCCACCGCGGGGCAAGAUCGACUGCUUAGAGUGUGGGUCACUAGAGAUGCCUACCAUAUGUUCCAGGACAUGCGGACGAAAUACGCGGCCGAACAAAAAUGCUCACCGACCCCAUCACAGGAAUCCCUAGCUUCUUUGGGCGCUCCGCCCCCCAGUCCAGAACAGCCCCCUUUAGGCCCCGCAGCCCCUUUCUGCCCCACCCCAUUCUGCGUAUACUCUGGCCACACUUCCGAUUUACUAGACGUCUCCUGGUCCAAGAACUACUUCAUUCUGUCCAGCUCUAUGGAUAAAACUGUCCGUCUAUGGCACAUUUCACUGGGCGAAUGUCUGUGCUGCUUCCAGCAUAUUGAUUUUGUGACCGCAAUAGUGUUUCAUCCGAGGGACGACAGGUAUUUCUUGUCCGGAAGUCUGGACGGAAAGCUGAGGCUGUGGAAUAUUCCUGAUAAGAAAGUGGCCGUUUGGAACGAAGUCGACGGCAAAACGAAACUGAUAACCGCCGCAAACUUCUGUCAGAACGGCAAAUUCGCCGUAGUGGGCACAUACGAUGGCCGCUGCAUAUUCUACACGACAGACCAACUCAAAUACCAUACGCAAAUAGAUGUGCGAUCUACCCGCGGAAAGAAUUCAACAGGUCGCAAGAUCAGCGGUAUAGAACCUAUGCCAAAUGAUGACAAAAUCCUCGUCACUUCAAACGACAGCAGGAUACGCCUAUACGACUUGAGAGAUCUGAACUUAUCGUGUAAAUACAAAGGAUAUGUCAACGUGUCGAGCCAAAUAAAGGCGUCAUUUUCCCACGACGGAAAGUACAUAGUCAGCGGCUCGGAAAACCAAUGCAUCUACAUAUGGAAGACUUACCACGACUAUUCGAAGUUCACGUCUGUCAGACGGGACAGGAACGACUUUUGGGAAGGCAUUAAGGCCCAUAAUGCUCUGGUCACGUGUGCUGUGUUCGCGCCGAACCCGGAUUAUAUGAUCAGAAUGAUUACGGAGAGAGAAGAGGAAGCAAAAAUGGCUCACAGGGACGCUGAAGACAAGGAGGAAGUGAAGGCCGUAGACGGCGGCAUGGUGGCAUCCUCACAAACCGGCCACGUGCUAGUCAGCGCCGACUUCAACGGAUGCAUCAAAGUGUUCGUGCACAAAGCGAAGCCCAAACACAGCUCGCUACCCGCUUCGGCGUUAGCGUGAAUCACUUACCAAACCACAUAUAUUUUAUUAUGUGUGGCCAAUGUGAGUUUUGUAUGGAUAGAUUACCUUUGGAUAUAGAUGAGAGGUUGAACUCGUAGAGCAACACGGAUGGAUGUAGCCAUACCGAAAUAAAACUAUUCAAAUAAUUCUUCCAUUUUUAGCUAGGAAAAUAUUAACUUUACAAGGGCGGUUCCAGGGGGGGG